AAUAUGAACGAUCGAACGAACGAAGCCUGAGAAGCGUGUAUGUGUGUGUGUGCUUCUUUUUCGAGAGAGUGGAUGUGAGUUUCAUCAAGAUCAUAAUUCAGAACAAACAGUAUCGACCGAGCUUAGCUCAAGUGAACAACUGUCUGCAUUUGCCGUUGUAAUUAUCGUCAAUCUGUGACUUUCAAACAUCCUCCAUAUUCUUCUCCUCAGUAGCUCGUCAUCGUCGUCAUCAACAGCAAGGCUAAUUCCCAAAAUAUGAAGGGUGUAUUCGCGGCGUUCUUCAUGGCGAGUGCAUUGGCCUCUUUGCUGGAGGUUGACGGCCAAGCGUUUGGGUCACAGCAGGAUCUGCUCCAAAUGGCCAUGAGAACCAUGGACCCGUGUGAAAUAGCUAUUUGGAAUUGCUGCCAAUCUUCGGGUGCCACUGCAACUCUACCCGAGAAUUGCUUUGCUCAGAAUGGAUGUCCGGGUCUGUUUUGGCAUGGGAGUAAAGUUUGCUCGGCCAGGAUGUUGAAUCGCAUUGCUCGGAGACUCCAGAACAACAUGGUGUCCAUUGCCAAUUCGCAGCAAAAUCAAUUAAGAUUUGCUUAUCCGUAGGAGCCCAUGGGAGAGCACACCAAAGAGGCUAACGGGAGUCGCCCGAAGCUCUUCUGAAACAACAGCAGUAUUCUAUCAAUGAACGAUGGUUUAGUGUAAUCUCAUUGAAAUGUACAAGAAACUUAUUAAAUCUGAUUCGGAAAGAUAGGGAAACUAUCAAUAGCUCUCUUUUUAAACAAGA